AUGCAUGCUGAAAAUCAGGGAAAGAAAGCAAUGAAAAAGCCAGCAAAGGCACAGAGCAGAACUGUGGAUACAAGAGAAAAGCAAAUCAUUUCAUAUAUAAGACUAAAUUAUGAACAAAUGAUUUAUGAAAACCAAAUUCUUAAAGAAAGACCUGAAAAUUUCGUUGUUCAAGAUGCAGUUAAUAGCAUGGUUCAAACAUUUAUUGACAAUAUGGGAGGCGAGCGUGAAAGCUAUCUCAGAGAAUUAAUCAGAAAACUUGCCACAACUUAUCAAGAAUGUGUCGAUUUACAAAAGAAAUACCAAGAAGCCAAAAAGGGAGCUGGCAAUUCAGCAGAAAUUAUCACUAAACAAAACGAAGAUUUGAAGAUUGAAAUUGAGAGCUUAACAAGCAAACUUCAAGAACUAGAAGUUCAGAAACAAAGCAAAGAACAAUCUCUCAAAUCAAAAGUUUCAAGCAAACAGAAUCAGCUCAAAGCAUUGAAUGAUUCAAUUACAAAUCUACAAAAUGCACAUCGUGAAUUAUCAAACCAAGUUGAAGAUCUAAAGUCUACUGUCCUUAAAAAUACUGGUCGCCAAAAGAAAUUAAUACAACAAGCUAAAUCUGUAUGUAUUAGCGAAAUUGAAAAGACAAUUGAUAACAAUCAGCAAGCAGCAAUUAAUAUUCAUGACAAGAAAAUGCAAAGACUUGAUGCCCAAUUAUCAUCUGCUCGUGCCGAACAGAAAAGAUUGCAACGUCAAGCUCAAACUGUUCUAGAUGCGAUUUAUUCUAUUUCAUCUCCUUCAACUAAGUCUAAAAUUACCGUUGAUGACUUUCUAAAGAGAUAUGAAGAGGUUAAGCAAAUUAUUCAAACUUCAAUUGAAGCUAAGAAAGAAGAAGCUCUUGCUGGAAUCAGAAAAGAUAUCGAAGAAGCAAUUCCUGGUAUUGAUGUAAGUAGUGGUAACAUUAUUGAUGCGAUCAAUAGAAAACUUGAAGAAAGACUUCGCGAAAAAGAGGAAGAAUGCAGAAGAAUAGUUAAGAAAGGCGAAGAACGCGAAAAAUUGCUCAAGAUGAAGCUUGAAGAAGUUUUGGGACAAAUAAAAGAGCUUAGAAGCGGAACUUCAGAGAAUCUAGACUUUUUCGAUGAUGUUGAACGUCAGAGGAGCUUAUGGGAGAAGAGCAAAGAUAAGCUUGAUGCUAAGAUGAGUGCUAUUGGAUUGGGUAUUCAUGACUAA